AUGUCGACUCACGACGAGAAGGAGGCCCCGGCCGCCUCCCACGUCGGCGGCCUGGCUACUACCCAGGACGUCGAGCGUAUUGAGGCUCCCGUCACCUGGAAGGCCUACCUCCUCUGCGCCUUCGCUUCCUUUGGUGGUAUUUUCUUCGGCUACGACUCCGGUUACAUCAACGGUGUCCUCGGCUCCCAGAUCUUCAUCGACGCCGUCGAAUUCGCCGGUGCCAAGGCUGUUUCCGAGUCCCGGACUUCGCUCAUCGUCUCUAUUCUCUCCUGCGGUACCUUCUUCGGCGCUCUCAUUGCUGGUGACGCCGCCGACUGGAUUGGUCGCAAGUGGACUGUGAUUCUCGGCUGCCUCAUCUAUAUCAUCGGUGUUGUCAUUCAGAUGAUCACUGGCCUCGGUGAUCCCCUCGCUGCCAUCGUUGCCGGUCGCUUGAUCGCUGGUAUCGGUGUCGGUUUCGAGUCUGCUGUCGUCAUUCUGUACAUGUCCGAGAUUUGCCCCCGCAAGGUCCGUGGAGCUCUGGUCGCUGGUUACCAAUUCUGCAUCACCAUCGGUAUCAUGUUGGCUGCUUGCGUUGUGUACGCCACUGAGGGUAGAACCGACACUGGCUCGUAUCGCAUUCCCAUUGCCAUCCAGUUCCUCUGGGCCAUCAUCCUCGCUGGUGGUCUCAUGAUGCUCCCCGACUCUCCCCGUUACUUUGUCAAGAAGGCCAACCUUCCCGCCGCCACCGAUGCUCUCGCUCGCCUCCGUGGCCAGCCCAAGGACUCUGAGUACAUCCAGGUCGAGCUUGCCGAGAUUGUCGCCAACGAGGAGUACGAGCGUCAGCUCAUUCCCAACACCACCUGGUUCGGCUCGUGGGCCAACUGCUUCAAGGGCUCCCUCUUCAAGGCCAACUCCAACCUUCGCAAGACCAUCCUCGGUACCUCUCUUCAGAUGAUGCAGCAGUGGACUGGUGUCAACUUCAUCUUCUACUACUCGACCCCCUUCCUCAAGUCCACCGGUGCCAUUUCCAACUCGUUCGUCAUCUCCAUGAUCUUCACCGUCAUCAACGUGUGCUCGACCCCCAUCUCCUUCUGGACCGUUGAGCGUUUCGGUCGCCGCACCAUCCUCCUCUGGGGCGCUCUUGGCAUGCUCAUCUGUCAGUUCCUCGUCGCCAUCAUCGGUGUCACGGUCGGCUUCAACCACACCUUCCCCGCCCCCACGGCGGAGGAUCCCGAGCGCACCCUCGCCAACAACAUCUCUGCCGUUAACGCGCAGAUCGCCUUCAUUGCGAUCUUCAUCUUCUUCUUCGCCUCCACCUGGGGUCCCGGCGCCUGGAUUCUCAUUGGUGAGAUCUUCCCUCUGCCGAUCCGCUCCCGUGGCGUUGGUCUCUCGACCGCCUCCAACUGGCUCUGGAACACCAUCAUCGCCGUCAUCACCCCCUACAUGGUCGGUACCGACAAGGGCAACAUGAAGUCGUCCGUCUUCUUCGUCUGGGGCGCCCUCUGUACCUUUGCCUUGAUCUACACCUUCCUCUUCGUCCCCGAGACCAAGGGUCUCUCCCUCGAGCAGGUCGACAAGAUGAUGGAGGAGACCACCCCCCGCACCUCGGCCAAGUGGAAGCCCCACACCACCUUUGCCGGGUCUCAGCCCACCAACAGCGCCUACCUCAAGCAGGAGUCUGUUUAA